AUGAAAAUUGAUCAAUUAAAAAUGAGUGACGAUGAAGAAUUAGAAGAAUUUGAAAUAUCUGAUUAUGAUUUGGAGUCAGCUUAUAAUCCGAUGGCAAAACGACAUCGUCAAUCAAAAGAAGAGGCAAUUUACGGCAUGUGGGCAACAACAUCGCGAAAUACUACCACUUCACAACGAAAAACAUCUGCUUAUACUCGUCCAGUAGCAUUUGUUAGUGGCGGUUUGAAACAGAGUGCAAAAAUGCCGGAAAAAAAAAUACCAACAAUUAAAACAAAAAAAGAAAGUAUUUUACUUGAAAAUUAUGGUGAUGACGACGAUGAAAAUGAUAGUGAAGAAGACUUAGAAAAGAAAAAAUUUAAAGUUGAUAGCGAUGACGAAAAUGAGGAGGAAGAAAAUACCAUUGAUUUAGCUGGAUCAACUGAUGAUGAGGAUGAUGAACCCCCUGCUCCGGUUGUACAAAACCAUUCUCGUCAACAAACAACGCAUGCUGUACCGGUGCGAGACAAAGAUUUUGGUACAUUUGAAAAACAUACAAAAGGAAUUGGUAUGAAAUUAUUGUUAAAGAUGGGUUUUGAAAAAGGACGUGGGCUAGGAAAAAAUCUUCAAGGCAGAGCAUUACCAAUUCAAGUUGUUAAAAGACAAGGCAAAGGUGCUGUGGGAAGUUACGGCCACGAAGAUCCGAAUAUGGCAUCAAAAGUUCAAGAAUCUACUAAUGAAAAUAGAGUUGAAUCAAAAGGGCAACCUCAAGUUCCUCAAUGGAGAAAACGUGAAGUAGCAGGGAAGACAGAAUAUGUUUAUAAAACAUUGGACGAUUUAUUAAAAGAACAGAAUUCAAGAUUCAAAAAAUCCAUACCAAACUUACCAAAAGAGAAAAUUAUCGAUAUGACAGGACGAGAAAAACGUAUAUUAAAUAAUUACAAUUCAUUGAGGUUGCCGAAUGAACAACAAAGUACUGACGGCGAUGAAAACUCAAGAUCAACAAGUUAUUUUUCUAUACCCGAAUUAACACACAAUAUUGACUUAUUAAUCGAUAUGACUGAACAAAAAUUGAUACGUUGUGAUAGACGAAAAAAAUUUGACGAAGAUACAAUAAUUACAUUGAAUUAUGAAAAAGAGAAGUUGGAAAAAAAAUUGAACGAUGAGGAAAAACAAAUAAGUCAUCUAGAUGAAUUGAUGGGUAUUAUUGACAGAUGUGAAGAACGUUUCAAUUCACAAGAUAUUCAUGAUCCAAAUGAUUUAUUCUUUUUACAAACAAUAUUCGAUGAAUUACGUCGAGAUUUUUCCAAAGAAUAUAGUCAAUAUCAUUUAUCCGAUUUAGCUGUGCCUGUAUUACAUCCGUAUAUGAAACAAUAUUUAUCAACAUGGCAGCCAUUAUCUACAUCUGUAUCUGAUAAUGAUGAAUUAAUUGAAUUGUUUUCGAAAUGGAGAGCAGUAUUGGAAGAUGAAAAUGAUGACAUAACAAUGAUAUCAUUAUCGUCCAUGCAAAAUUUAGAUCCUUAUCAUCGUUUAUUAUGGGAAAUAUGGAUGCCAAAAGUGCGACAAUGUAUUCUUAAUUGGAAUCCACGUGAAUCCGAUAAAUUGAUUGAUUUUCUUGAACAUUGGUUACCAUGUAUUCCCUUAUGGAUAUUAGAUAACAUAUUGGAUCAAUUAAUAAUACCACGUUUACAACGAGAAGUUGAUUUAUGGAAUCCAUUAACGGAUUCAAUUCCUAUUCAUUCUUGGAUACAUCCAUGGUUACCAUUGAUGAAAGAACGUCUUGAACCAUUAUAUUUACCAAUACGAACAAAAUUAGCACAUGCAUUACAAAACUGGCAACCAUCAGAUUCAUCAGCAAAAGCUGUUUUACUACCAUGGAAAAAUGUAUUUAAACAAGGAACGUGGGAUGCAUUUAUGAAUAAAUAUAUCGUACCAAAGUUAAUUACAACUAUGCAACAAUUUGUGAUUGAUCCUAGACAACAAAGAAUUGAACAAUGGAACUGGAUACUUUCUUGGCACGAAAUGAUCCCACUGGCCAGUAUGAUAGCUCUAUUGGAACGUAGCUUUUUUCCAAAAUGGUUACAAGUGUUAAAUGCUUGGUUAAAUACAACACCAAAUUAUAAUGAAAUUCAUCGCUGGUAUUCUGGAUGGAGAUCUCUUAUACCUUCGACAUUAAUCAGUCAUCCAACAAUCAAAGAGAAAUUAACUGAAGGACUUGAUAUGAUUGAUCGUAGUUUAUCGCACUUAUCAUCUGGCAACCUACCACCUUCCACUCAACAGCCACAAUCUGUUAGUAAUCUUGAUUAUGAAGCAAUAUUAAAUCGUGGUGUGGCCUCGUCAUCAUCAACGAUUAUUCACAGUUUCAAGGAUUUAGUUGAGAAAAAAUGUAGUGAACAUAAUAUUUUAUUUUUACCAGUGACAAAUCGUUAUUAUGAAGGAAAACAAGUGUAUCGCUGUGGUAAUGUGAACGCUUAUAUUGAUAAAAACGUUUUAUUUCUAUGGGAAAAUGGUCACUGGGUACCAACUCCAUUAGAUUCAUUAGCUAAUAAAACAUUUUGA